CCAACAUCUAAAGAGUAACAUGGAAAGAAGUCAUAGCAGAAAACUGAAUUUGGCAGACAGAAAAUAAAUUGUCUGCUACGCUACCUUGGGGGUAAAAUUUUGACAACAACAUGAAUGAAGGUGUAAUCACCAUCACGGAAUUCUGGCAGGAGAGUGCUAUCACCUUAACGUAAGGUGUGACGAGUUCCUGUCAGAUUUCUGGGGAAAGGGCCUGCUUCAGACGGUGUAAAAUGAAGACAUUUACCUGUCUUCUGCCCAUCAAAAAUAUACUCUAAUCAUAUCAGUUGUGCUGGUCUCCUGGCUUAUUUCGUUUUGCAGAAUUUGGUCAAAUUACUGGUGAUCCAAGAUGCUUCCCGGUUUUAUGAUGAAGUUGUUAUCACAGCACCGUGUUUUAUACUGCUACCUAAUACUUAGUGUCUGGAUUUUUCUCAUGGUUGGAGGAAUGUAUAAAUAUAUUGGAACAGAAGAUGCUGCCCAAGGAUAUAAGCACUCAUCAAAUGAUAUCUUUGUCAGAGGUUUCCCAAAAGAUCUCAAACCUGAAAUUAAAGGUCGGCGAAUAUAUCGUCUUUGCAAUCCUCCAGAGGAUAUCAAUCUCGGCAGUGAAGGCCAGGUGGAUGAUAACUACACACUUGUGGGUGCUGUAGUAUUUCUACGGCAUGGAGAUCGUGGACCACUUAUGCACGUGCGUAAUAUAAGCAGUGUCAACUGUGCUGGUGACCUGCUAAGCCCUGAUAUCACAAACGGUGACUGGGAUGCUGGUUAUGCUGCUUAUGAGGCCUUCCUUCAAAAUGCAUCACUGGCUGCUGGGCUUGGUGUAGGUGGAGGUGGGAGUGACAAGCUCAGCAACAAUUUCCUGUGGCAGCUUCUUGGUCCAUUUCAUGCUUUUCCGUUAGUACCUCCUAGUAGCGGAGAAUGCAGUUUGGGACAGCUUACACCAGUUGGAGUCACUCAACUUUUAAGAACUGGACACAUUCUGAAAACUGCAUAUGCCGACAAAUUAGGCAUUGGUAAAGGUUCCUUAACUGCAGAAGAUGUAGUUGUCUAUAGUACUCAUUACAGGCGAACCUUCCAGAGUGCUCUUGCCUUCCUUUACAGUUUCCUCUCCCUUGAAGACUUACACAAGGUGACUCUUCGACCAAGUCAAAGUUUGGCUUUUUGUUUCAAUGAUUGUGCAUGCCCUGCAGCAGAAAAGUACCGACAUCAAGUUAGUGUAGAGGCUGCAGACCAUUUUAGAUCACAUCCAGCUGUUAUGAAAUUGGUUCGCUCUGCAGCAUCAAUUGUAUAUGAAUCGCCUGAUAAAACACUGUUAUCUGAUCCUCAUGCUCUGAGGGAUGCUCUUCUUGCCUAUGUCUGUCAUGGUGCACCACUGCCAUGUAUUGAUAUUGGACUUUUAAACAAAGAGGUGUGUGUUCGUCCAGAACAGGUUACCAGUCUAUUUGCCUACACUGAAUGGGAGGAACGUUUAUAUGUUAAAAGUCAAAGUCUGAAACGGUCAUGUCUCCUUCGAGCUUAUGGUUUGCUCAGAAGUGUUGUUGGCUAUCUAUUGAAAAUGGUGUCUGAAGGAAAGCCUCGAAUUGUUAUCUAUUCUGGACAUGACAAAACAUUGCAGUACCUGUCAGGAGCACUUGGUGUCAUUGCGGAAACAGCAGCCCCACAUUAUGCUUCAAGACUUGUUCUGGAGGUUUACCGCAGCCGCAAUGCAGAGAAAACAUCAACUGGUGACCCAGUGGGAUCUUCCCAGCAUGAUGAUGGCCCAGCUGCCAAAGAUUACUUCUUUAGACUUGUAUUUAAUGGGAGAGACCUUACCAACCACGUUGUUUGUUGCCGUCAUGGUGGUUCUACUGUUGUCAAUCCUCAUUUUCACCACGGGUCGCAUGGUGAAGAUGCUGAUCCUGCCUAUAAUAUUUCAUCUUCCUCUCACCGCAAAAAUAACUCUUCAUAUCUAUGUCCUAUUGAGUCAAUAGUUCGCUUUUUACAUGAUGAUUACUUUGUCCCAUUCAAUGCAUCUAAUUACAAAGACGCCUGCACUAAUCAUCCUUAGAUUGUUCAAUUUAAUUACGAGUGCCACAUGACAUAUAUUUAAACUUUUUCAAAAAUCUACAAAAACAACCAAAGAGAGAUGUGUUAUUUAUGUGUUUAUAGAUUUAGGUAAUUACAAAUGCACAAUGUACUGAAAGAGCAUGGAUUAUGUUCUCCUGUUAACAUUUCACAAAGGGUCAGCUUUAGAUAAAGAAUUGUGCUUGUUAUGGAAAGGUAAUAUGUUUUUACCUUUCUGCUAUAUUUAAAUUGGAGGCUGUGAUAUGAUUUGUAUACUGCCAUUGGUGGGGGGAAAUAAAAACAAACAAAUCAUAGACAUUCCACUUAAAGUGCAUUUAGUUUGAUGAAGCCGAAGCUGAAGCACCUAGCUCUCUCUUUCAGCAACUGAAGAGCUUCUCGGAGCAGCUCAGGCCUCAUCAGACUAAAUUCACCUUUUCUUAUGAAAAUUUUGGAUUGUUUUAAAUUAAAGUUGAGUGUGCUGUAGUGUAGGUAGUGUUUUAAUAUGGUGCUAUAAGAGUAAGCAUUUCACCAUUAUUGGUGAUGAGGACAACAAUUUGUUUAAGCUGCUAAGAAAAUAUAUUUGGAUGUGUUGUUAUGUGAACAACUUGAGCGCAAGAAGUGUUUUGUCCUUUAAUUUCCAAUACAAACUGCCCUUUUCGUAAGGAUGUCUGUAAGUUACAACCCUUACAAUUGUACUUAAUCAACAUAUACAUAUACUUUUAAAAACAAAUAUUGUAACCGUGCCAAUAACAGAAUUUGUGAUAUUAGUUUGUCCUUAUUUGAUGUUCUGCUUAGGGUUCCUGUCAGCUCAAUCAUUUUUCCUGUGGUACCAAAACCAUGUGGCACAGUAAAAGAAAGUUUAAAAAAUCACAUUUAUCAUUGUGAACAACUAUAAUUCCUUUUGUAUGGUAAUUUUGCUUUCAAUUUACCUGUUAUUCCAAUGAUUACAUUGUUAAAACUCUCCUUUUGAUUGAUUUUGUCAUUGCUUUUAGUAGAUUUAAUGGGGUCCAGAAGUGCAUUUUUUAAGUGUUCCUUCUGUUCCUUUAGUCUGGUAUUUUUAAGUGUAAAAGCAUUAAUAAAUACUUUGUUUAUAGUG